UUCCUUCAGUUUGACUUCAACAUUGACCAGAAAGGAGAGAGAUGAAGCUUUAUACUCUACUGCUGUCGAUCGCCCUCAGCUGCGGCUGCUCUGCCAAAGAUCCUCCUGGUCCUCCAUCGAUCCAUCUGAACUCUGACUUCCUGCCGAACCAAACCGAGGUGGUCCUGACCGCUGGCGCCACCUUCAACCUCAGUUGUCAUGGUAACGGUAUGGUCCGUUGGUCCAGUACUGCGUUCCGUCUGCUGUACGAGGACAAACUGAAGGAUCUGGUGGAGGUACGGAGGGCGGACCCCAGACACACCGGAACGUACCGCUGUGGGUACACCAACCAGAGCCUGGAACACCUGGACACCUGGAUCCACCUGUAUGUCAAAGACCCGGCUGACCCCUCCAGUGUGUUCGUCACUCCUCGCAGCAGCAUCCCUGCCCUCAAGGAAGGCCAGGACUUCUUGUUCAGGUGUCUACUGACCGACCCAUCAGUCACAAACCUCACCCUCCAAUCAGAGGACAGAAUUGGGGGGAGGGGGCAGGACCUGCCCCAGGGCAUGAUUGUGACCAUUGACCCCCAGAAAGGAGCCCUGAUCAGAGACUUGCAGAUGUCAUUUAAAGGACACUACGUUUGUUCAGGCUGGAAGGACGGACGGCAGUUCAGAUCCAGACCUGGCAACCUGGUGGUGGUCCGCAGGCUGCUUGAGCCUCCCUCCCUGUCUGUCAGUCAGGGUGAACUGGUUCGUCUGGAAGGAGAGCAGUUUGAAGUCACCUGUGUGACCAGUAACCCUUCCCAUUUGUACAACGUCACCUGGACGGGCCCAAACUCAGAGAGACUGAAGGUCCGUGUCAGCCAAGACUAUAUCAAAAAACACGUGUUCAAAAACAGCACUGUGAGAGUGUCUGCUGUCAACCUGACUCACAGUGGAAUCUACACCUGUACUGCUGUCAAUGAGGCUGGGGUCGCCAUGGCAACCACACAUCUCAGAGUUGUGGACGCUCCCUUCCUGAGGAUUUACCUGCAGCAUAUGCCGCAUGCUAACGCUAACACCAAGACCAUACAGGCCAAGGGUGACCUGGUUGUUAACCUUAGUAGCAUGCUAUUGGAGGAGCAAGGAGAGCUAGAAGCUAACAUUAGCAGCGGUUCACUGGAAGUGAACAGGGAAUUAAUUGUUAACGUCAGCACCAAGAGACUGGAUGUGAAUGGAGCUAGCAGUGCUAACGUUAGUGGCAGCAGCACAGUGGAGGUGUAUGAAGGCCGAGAUGUGAUGCUGACCUUUGUGAUAGAGUCAUACCCUCCAAUCAGGAAGCAGCACUGGACAACACCAGCAAAGAUCAACAACACGGUGUAUGAGGAGAGCUACACUGCUAAUGGCCACAGGUCAGAGGCGCGCUUCGUGCUGCGGCGGGUUCGCCAGGAGGAUCGCGGUCGUUACUCGUUCCACUUCUCUAACUCGUUCUUCAGCGGUUUGCAUAACAUCGACCUCCAAAUUUACAGUUCUGCAGAAGAACCUCAGACGGCUCUGAUUGGAGCUCUGAGUGCCGCUGCCAUCCUCCUUCUGCUCUUAUUGGUCGUCUUUUAUAAGUGGAGACAGAAACCCAGAUAUGAGAUUCGCUGGAAGAUCAUCGAGAGCACCGACGGAAACAACUACACCUUCAUUGACCCCACCCAGCUGCCGUACAACUACAAGUGGGAGUUUCCUCGAGACAAACUCCGCCUCGGUGCUGUUUUGGGUUCGGGGGCGUUCGGGAAGGUUGUCGAGGCGACGGCGUAUGGUCUGAGAACCGACAAUGACAUCACACGAGUUGCUGUCAAGAUGCUCAAACCGAGCGCUCACUCUGAGGAACGGGAAGCUCUGAUGACAGAGCUGAAGAUCCUCAGCCAUCUUGGGUACCAUGACAACAUCGUCAACCUGCUGGGCGCAUGCACUCAGGGAGGUCCUAUGUUGAUGAUCACAGAGUACUGUAGCCACGGCGACCUGCUCAACUUCCUGCGGGCUCACGCUCAGGACUUCAUGGCAUCCAUUUUGAGCGUGGAUGAAGUGACAGGAGAGGCUUUCUAUAAGAACGUGGCCGGCCAGCACGCCAGACUCAGGAGUGACAGUGGGAUCUCCUGCUGCUCAGAGUAUCAGGAGAUGCAUCCAGUUCUGAGUCCAGGACAAACACACCUGGGUGUGCAGACAGACAGUCUGUCUGUUGGUGACCUCAUGAGGUUUUCCCUCCAGGUGGCUCAGGGUCUGGACUUCCUGUCCUCCAGGAAUUGUAUCCACAGAGACGUAGCGGCGAGGAACGUCCUGCUGACUGAUCAUCGUGUUGCAAAGAUCUGUGACUUCGGUUUGGCCCGAGACAUCCGUAACGACGACAGCUACAUCGUUCAGGGAAAUGCUCGUCUUCCUGUGAAGUGGAUGGCUCCAGAGAGUAUCUUCCAGUGCGUGUACACCGUCCAGAGCGACGUCUGGUCCUAUGGAGUCUUACUGUGGGAGAUCUUCUCUCUGGGUAAGAGUCCCUAUCCAAAUGUUGCCGUGGAUACCAACUUCUACAAGAUGAUCAAAGAUGGCCGCCACAUGAAUCAGCCAGACUUUGCUCCGGCAGAGAUGUAUCAGCUGAUGACGCUCUGCUGGAGUUUGGAGCCCACAGACAGACCCACCUUUAAAAUGAUUGGUCAGCUCAUUAACAGGCUCCUCCCCUCCACCAAUGACACAUCACCACAUCACAGUGAGCAGUACAGGAACAUCACAGAGUGCAGAGAGGAAGAGGAGGAGGAAGAGGAGGAGCAAGAAGAGGAAGAGGAGGAAGAGGAGCAGGAGGCCAGAGCAAGAGACACACUGAAGAGAGGAGGAGGAGCAGCAGGAGGAGGAGAGAGAGAUCUCCAUGAGGACAUUGAUGAAGAUGAGCAGGAGCCGAUGAUGAAGAACAUCUACCAGCUGUCCUGAUCAUCCGUGUUAAUGAACAGAUUCAGAGUCUGCUCUCUGUCAUGUGAUUAGUUUACGAUACGUGAAAGAUCGCAACGAACCACAACGUACGUUACGAUUAUAUAACUCGCUGAUUUCCCCUAACUGACUUUUCAGAUUAAAAGACCUCAGAGAGUUUAAAGUGCAUCAUCUUUAUAACAGACUCUGGAUCAGUUUCAUUUUAACGAACAACACGUGAUUUUAAUCUUCUUAAUCAAUUAAUCUGAUUGAUUAGAUGUGUGAUUUUUCAUUGUUUGUGUUUUUAACAGUUUUAUUAUCAGAAUGUAAAAAUAAAUUCAGACGAACGGA